ACUACCCAUCUCCGCGUUUUCUUCUUCUGUACAUUUGUUCGCUUCCCUUCUUCACUCUGUCUCUCUGUCUCUAUUAUCUAUCUCAAUAAACAAUUCUCUGAACUGAACCACUCCACAACUAACUUACAAAAACCCUUUGAAUAGUUUCCAUCAUCUUCAGAUCAGAGCAGAGCACCCAACGAUACAAAGAAAUCUGUGUGUGAAGUACUAAAGAGAAAAUGGGAUCUGGAACUGGAAACUUCCUCAAGGUUGUUGCUAACAACUUCGACGUUCUCGCCGGGCCUGUCGUCAGUCUUGUUUAUCCUCUGUACGCCUCAAUUAGGGCUAUUGAGACCAAAUCUCCUGAAGAUGAUAGGCAAUGGCUUACUUAUUGGAUCCUCUAUUCUAUGAUCACUCUCUUCGAGCUUACCUUUGCCAAACUCAUUGAAUGGAUCCCGAUUUGGUCGUAUGCGAAGCUGAUUCUAACAUGCUGGUUGGUCAUACCGUACUUCAGUGGUGCAUCAUAUGUUUAUGAGCAUUAUAUCAGGCCUUUCUACCUUAAUCCACAGAAUGUUAACAUUUGGUAUAUCCCAAAGAAGGACAUCUUCAGUACGAAGGAUGACAUUAUAACUGCUGCUGAGAAAUACAUAGCAGAAAAUGGCCCAGAUGCAUUUGAGGAUAUCAUCAGCAAGGCUGAUAGGGAAGCGAAGUCCAGGAGUAGCAGUUUCAUGUUUUUUGAUGAGGAUCACAGAUACUGAGCCGUUGCACCAUGUUCUUACUGCUGACCAGUUUGGUUGAAGGAAACACCUUUCAACUGUUCUUAUGAUCAUCUAUGUGGUGGAUACUUUAUUUUGUUUCAUGUUGUUUCAGAAACUACUUGUCUUCUUGUGUGAUAGUAUGUAAUUAUUGUCACUAGUUGCUUUUCGCCUUCUUAUGAAUAGACUCUUCUAUUAGCUAGUCAAGUACAAAGCACUAGUUCAAAAAUUCAUAAAAAA